ACCUGGUUUGGAUAUCCCAACUACCUUCGAAACCGUUAGAUAUUUUACACAAGUUGAAUGCUGAAGAUGGACGUCUGUUCUCUGUGGUGAAAUAGUGAAGUUUUUUUUUAGACGGGCAAACGGAAAAUUUUCUCCGCCCGACGGAUUUCUUUCCAAGAAAAAAAUAGAAGGUAAAAUAUUGCCGAGACGGCAUCCAGUAGCUGCACAGCGUGAAGCCGAAGACGCCAUUGGACAAAAGGCAGCGUCAGCAGACAACGUAAGCAGCAUACGGGACGCAUACCGUGCGAGACGCCAUCGUGAAAUUUUGUUCGACGGUUGCAGUGUGCUGCGGUGAACCAAGACGAUAGAAAAGUUGGAAGGACCGGAUUGCCAAAGGGAAAAAGAGGAAGCAAAGGAAAAAAAGUAAAGGAAAAGGAAAAAAAAGAGGAAGCGAAGGAAAAAAGUGAAGGAAAAGAGGAGUAUAAAAUUAUAAAAAAAAUAAAGCGACAACUGUCGACUAUUGGGCCAAGGCCUCAAUCAUCAAAGGGUGAGUCAAUUUAAGCUUUUUUUAGUUCGCGCGCCUGCAAUAGCAGCUGAUUAGUUUCUUUUGUUUUUUAUUCUCUUUUGUUUUUUAUUCUCUUGUUUUCUGUCUCUUUUGUUUAAAAUUAAUUAAAAUUAAAAGAAUUGUUAAACAAUGGCUCAGAAUAAUGGGCACAUGGCCUCAAGCAUCGAGCCGUAUCGGAAAGGCACUUCCUUUUCGGACUGGGCCGAUCGUUUGGAAUUCACGUUUUUGGCUAAUGAGGUUUCCGAAGUUCAACGGAAAUCCCGUUUUAUGAAUUUAUGUGGGCCAUAUGUUUAUUCACAGUUAAAAUUAGUUUUUCAAAAUGGAACGUUAACAACAGUGGGAUACACAGAGAUGAUAAACAAGUUAAAACAAAGGUUCGAUAGAACUGAACCCGAUUUGGUACAGCGGUACCGAUUCAGUCAUCGAGUACAGCAACCCGAUGAAUCCGCAGAAGAUUUUGUUUUGGCAGUGAAACUGCAAGCAGAAUUCUGCGGAUUCGGGGCAUUUAAAGAAAUUGCUAUUCAGGAUAGGGUUCUCGCUGGGUUGAGGGACGAAGCUCUCAAGCAGAGGUUACUUAACGAAGAAAAUCUUACUUUGGAAUCCAUGGAUAAAUUCAUAACAACUUGGAACAUUGCUAAGAGCAAUGCCAAAACAUUAAAUAGUGAGCUUCAGAUUCCUCCGGGGUCGCAGUUACACCAUUUGCUUAGUGUUUAUAGCAAGGCACAAAGCCUGAACACUAAUGCAACUCCUGAAAAACAAAGUUUUGUCAAAAGGCCGGUGAGAGAGCGGUUAGGGUUCCAACCGUAUACUAAACAUAACACACAAUCACACAAUAACAUGAGACAUUAUCAAGAUUACAAUCAAAGAACACGAAAACCGGGAGAAAACAGUAACAAUUAUCACAACAAAAAUAGACGCAGGCCCGAUUAUUCGCAGAUAAUUUGUGAUUUUUGUGGGGUCAAAGGACACAUGAAAAAGAAAUGUUUUAGAUUAAAGAACAUGAAACGGGAUGCGGUGAAAUUUGUAGAUACUGCUAAGCCAGGUACAAGCGCGGAGAAGCAACUUAGCACCCUAAUGGAUAGGAUGACGACAAAGCUAAACGACGAUGACAGCGAUGAUGAUCGGAAUUCAGGUGAAUUGCAGUGCAUGUGUGUGACGUCACUUAAUAAAAUAAGCGAACCGUGCUUGAUCAAUGUCUCUAUAGAUAAUUGUCUAGUAAAAAUGGAGGUCGAUAGCGGCUCAACGGUGUCAGUCAUGGGUAAAAAUCAAUAUUUUUAUUUAUACAAAAAACCCUUAAGCAAAUGCAACAAACAAUUGUUGGUGGUUAAUGGGUCCAAACUCAAAAUUGAGGGAGAGACUAAUGUUUUGGUAUCACUAAAUGGUCGUGAAACUAAAUUGAAUCUGCUUAUUUUGGAUACUGAUUUUAAAUUUAUGCCUUUACUGGGCAGAAACUGGCUGGAUAUUUACUUUCCUCAAUGGAGGCAAAUUUUUUCAAAUAAUUUGAUAAUUAAUGAGAAUGUAAACAAUGUGAACACGCCAAAUGGUGAAAAUUUAGUGGAGGAAAUGAAAAAUGAGUAUGCCACAGUAUUUAUAAAAGAUUUUACAACGCCUAUCAAAGGAUUUGAGGCAGAUUUAGUUUUAAAAAGUGAAGCUCCAAUUUUCAAAAAAGCAUAUGAUGGAGCAUCUUCUAGUGCUUCGAUUUUCCAACAUAUUAUGGAGCAAAUACUAGAGGGAAUUGAAGGAGUGUUUGUUUAUCUUGACGAUGUUCUGAUUGCAGGUAAAGAUCUGGAGGAUUGUCGUAGGAAAUUAAUUUUAGUAUUGAAGAGACUUGCUAAUGCCAACAUUAAGGGGAUUAAGGUACUAAAGAGUCCUCCCUAUAAUCCAUCCAGCAAUGGGCAAGCUGAACGGUUGGUAAGAACCACCAAAGAUGUUUUAAAAAAGUUUUUAUUAGAACCAGAAUUGGUCGAUAUAGGAUUGGAGGAUCAGAUUAAUUUGUUUUUAAUGAACUAUAGAAAUAAUAUAGUGACAAGUCACGGGCAAUUUCCCAGUGAGAAGAUAAUGGUUGGAAGCGCAACCGCGAUGGCGCACCGCACACAACUUAAGAGCUGGACACGUCACGAGCUACUUUCGAGGCCUAACGUCCGCAUCAAGCCGGGCGCUCGAGAAAACCAUCCCACUGAAGAAUCAGAAGCUGGAUACGGCUCAGAAGACGAACCAUUCAGGGGGUUCUCUGAGGUUCGGGAAAAGGCCAGGAAGCUAAAACGUGACGCAGAUGAGGCGAACUUGCCGAACGUGAGUCUAAGGCGUUCGAAAAGGAUUCGAGUACAAAAUAUGGAUACAGAUUACAUUUAUAAGUUGAAAGCCAGGAAGAGAAAACGUGACGCAGAUGAGGUGAACUUGCCGAACGUUAGUCUACGGCGAUCGAAAAGAAUUCGUGUACAAAAUAUGGAUUCAGAUUACAUUUUUAAAAUAAGAUUUAAAAAAUUCACUAGUCUCAAAUGA